AUUACCCUGUAGCCUCCGACGCCCCGACGAGGCGACGACUCAAGCCAUCCGCCGCCGCCGCCGCCGCCACCACCACACACCGGCGUCGGCGCCACUCCCGCCGUUCGUCCUCGCCUGCCUCCGCGGAACCACUCCAAAGCCUCGGCCUCAAGCGAACCGAGGAAGAUUUCUCUUGCCUUCGCUUCAGACUUCAGAGCUCAGGGCGCUGCAUAUUCUCUGCACUUCAGAGGUUCUUCAGGCCCUAUCUAUCUGUAUGUAUGCACUGACCGGAUAGCUUUGGGCAAUGGGAACCCGCAACCGACUUUGGUCGAUCGCCAAGAUGACGGUGACCGGGGGUGUGAUGGGCGUCACCAUUUCCGACCGGUACGUCGCCGUGGUCGCGAUAAAGGGCCAUUCGAUGCAUCCCACCAUGACGGCCACCGACAGCGCCUUGCGAGGUGAUGUCGUGUUAGCGGAGAAGGGCUGCCUCGACCAGUACAAGUUCUCCCGUGGCGAUGUGGUUUUGUUCAAAUGCCCUAGUAAUCACAAGGAAGUGUUUGUGAAGAGGCUGAUUGGCUUACCUGGUGAGUGGAUACAGCUCCCUGCGUCUUCCGAGAUAAUCAAGGUCCCGCAGGGGCAUUGCUGGGUUGAAGGGGAUAAUGCUGCUAGAAGCUGGGAUUCAAGGUCAUUUGGCCCAAUCCCUUUAGGCCUAAUAAACGGGAGGGUCACCCACAUUAUCUGGCCGCCAUCGAAGAUCGGCAGAUUGGAGAGAAAAUGGCCCGAAGAUAGAAUUCCGCCGUUUUGAUUGGACUCCUCACUGCACGUGAUGAUGAUCCAUCCAGUUUAGCCUGCUUUGUGGCUACCAGAAGUUUUUAGCUACCCGUUGUUCAAGUUUUGGUCAGAUUUGUUCUGAAAUUUCCUUUUCGCCCACCAUUGUUAUUGUUGCUUACUCGUGUAAACAUUUUUGUCUUUGAUUUGGUCAAAUGUAAAACCUCAUUCGAGGCCCUUCACAUUCAAUCAUUUGUUUUGUAAACAAAUACGGUCUGGCAAUGAACCUUUGCAACUUGUUGUAUUGGACUCGGCAGAUGCAGAUAGACAGAAAGAAAGAACUCUGAACUAGAUUUAUUACUUCAAAUUCUGCAAUAUGCAGUGUGUAUGUACA